GUGACGGUGACGUCGUUGAUAUUUUGGUGCGACACCAGGAAGUACUGGAGCAGACCGAAACAAGAAACGACGGAAGUGUCACUCGGAAAUUCGUCGCUUUUGACUCGAUUUUCUUGGACUUCACUACGACAUUUUACCCUGUGACGGUCGUUUUAUCGAGGAGUCCGCCGAAAUGCCAGCCAUGGAUAAACACCUCUUCAAUCUGAAGUUUGCUGCCAAGCAACUUCAAUCAAAUGCCAAGAAAUGUGACAAGGAAGAAAAGGCAGAGAAGGCUAAAGUCAAGAAGGCCAUCCAGAAGGGGAACGUGGAAGUAGCCAGGAUCCAUGCUGAGAACGCCAUCCGACAGAAGAACCAGUCGGUGAACUUCCUCAGGAUGAGCGCCAGGGUAGAUGCUGUAGCAGCGAGAGUCCAAACGGCUGUCACCAUGAACCAGGUCACAAAAUCUAUGUCUGGAGUAGUGAGAGGCAUGGACAGCGUCCUGAAGUCUAUGAACCUUGAAAAGAUCUCAGCUCUCAUGGACAAGUUUGAACAUCAAUUUGAAACCAUGGACGUUCAGACGGCCCAGAUGGAGGAUACCAUGAGCAGCACAACCACACUGACGACACCGCAGAAUCAAGUGGAGUCAUUGCUGCAUGAAAUGGCGGAUGAAGCUGGGUUGGAAAUCAACUUGGAGCUUCCCCAGGGACAUAGCGGAAGUGUCGGCACGAGUGUGGCAUCGAACGAGCAGGAGGAGCUUUCCCAGAGGCUCGCCAAACUCCGAGAUCAAUUGUAGACGACUGCAGAGCAUUAAAGUCACCGUACACUACCUGAACAUGACUUCCAAAUACUAUUACAUGUUGCUUCUCCCGAUAACUUGUGUCUCUUUGGACAAGCUACCACAUCACUGUUUCUAUUUUUGUCCAAUAAUAAUGCAUUUUGAGUACGGAAGCCCUUUAUACAUGUUUUUCUUUCUCAUGAAUGUGGGUUUGGAUUGUGUGUUUUCCCUCACGAUGCAUAUCCAAAAGGACUUUACUGCUCACAAGAGUCCUGAAACCAUCACAUGUUGUCAAAUAUUCAACAUAAACAUAGCUUUGGAAUUACUUUGGAUUUCAUUACUGCAACAUACUGGAUAUGCAUUCUUAUUGAAAGACCCCAAAGGGCAAAAUUGAAGCCUGUUUUUUCCCUCCCAUUUUGAAGAUGCUGUCACAUGUUGGGUCUCUUUGCUUAUCACUGGUGGCUGGUGCAGAUUACUUCAGCAAACAAUAAAUGCUUUUAAUACUUC